ACUCCACAAACGCUUGCAAUCGAAUAAACGUAUUUAUUUAUUUUUGGAAAUUUAUUGAUGAAAUAUCACUUGAAAAAAUGUCGGUGGUGAUAGAAACCACUCUCGGCGAUUUAACUGUUGAUUUAUUUCUAACAGAACGUCCAAGAGCAAGUUUAAAUUUUCUAAAAUUGUGUAAAUUGAAAUACUACAACUUUAACCUCUUUCACACGAUCCAAGCCGGAUUUAUUGCGCAAACAGGAGAUCCAUCGGGUGAAGGAAAUGGUGGUGAAUCUGUAUGGGGUCUAAUAGAAGGUCCAGAGAAGCGAUUCUUUCAAGCAGAAUAUUUACCAAAAAUUCGACACUCAGAACCAGGUCUGCUGUCAAUGGUGAGCUUAGGCGAUAGUUUGAUUGGUUCGCAGUUUUUCUUCACAUUGGGCUCAGACUUAACUUCAUUGGAUGGUGUACACUGUGUCAUUGGGCAAGUUGUGGAAGGAUUGGAUGUAUUACGCGCCAUUAACGAAGUAAUUUGCGACGAGACUAAUCGACCGUACAAAGAUGUUCGUAUUACACAUACCGUCAUUUUGGACGAUCCAUUCGAAAAUCCACGCGGCUUCAAAGAGCCAAGUAGAUCACCAUCACCAAGUGCAGAACGUUUGAAAGGCGGUAGAAUAGCGGCCGAUGAAGAAAUCGACGAAACAAAUGGUAAGAGUGAAGCUGAAUUGGCCGAAAUGCGAAUGGAACGUGAAGCAAAAGCGAGAGCUACUAUUCUGGAAAUUAUUGGUGAUCUGCCUGAUGCCGAAAUUGCCCCACCUGAAAAUGUCUUAUUCGUUUGCAAACUCAACAGUGUUACCAAUGAUGACGAUUUAGAAAUUAUCUUUAGUCGUUUUGGAAAAAUCAAAGGCUGUGAAGUAAUUCGCGAUCGAAAAACCGGCGACUCAUUACAAUAUGCUUUCAUUGAAUUUGAGGAUAAAAAAUCGUGUGAAAUGGCCUAUUUUAAAAUGGACAACGUUUUAAUUGACGAUCGACGAAUUCAUGUUGACUUUUCGCAGUCCGUAUCUAAGCUGCAAUGGAAGGGAAAAGGACGUGGUUUUAUCAUGAAAGAUGGCACUCAAAAUACGCGACUUGAUUUCAAUAAUUACAACAAACCAGUUCGUGAAAAUAAUCGAAACAGAGAUAAUAGGGACGAUAAGGGCAACUCAAGCGGCGUAGCUAGAAGUAGUUAUGGCAUUGAACGGCAUGAACGGCAACGAUCGCCAAGAAGAAAUCAGACAAUAGAUCGAAGGGAAAGAUCAAGAAGUCCAUACGACAGAAGGUGGCGUUCGAAUGAUCGCAAUUCUUAUAGACGAAAUCAUUCGCCAGAGAGAAAUGUUCGACGUGAUGGAAGAAUCUCAAAUAACAGAAGAAAUGAUGAGAGAAAAAAAUAUAAUGAACGGACGCGUCGAAGCCCAUCACCUGAAAAACGAGUUAAAUUGCGUCGAAGUCCAUCACCUGAAAAACGAGCCAAAUCACGUCGAAGUCCAUCGGUUGAGAAGCGCGGCAGUCGUCGAAGUCCAUCAAUUGAGAAGCGCGGCAGUCGUCGAAGUCCUUUGGAAAAAAGAAAAUCUUAUUCGGAAGACAAAAAAUCUAGCAAAAAGAGAAAAAAGGAAAAAUCCAAAAACAAAAAGGACAAAAAACACAAGAAAAAGAAGUCAAGGAAGCAUAAGAAAUAUUCUUCAAACGAAAGCAGCAGCGAUAGUGACAGUAGUUCCACAUCAAGUUCGUCAUAAUUCCUGAAACUAGUGAUUUAUUUGCAAAGAAAUAAAUGGAAAUAAAGAACAAAUCUUUGUCACACAAA